AUGGCCCUUCGUUCUCCCGCAAUCCGAAACCUGCUUGGCCCUCAUACCUCGAUAUCGCCUCUAAGACAGUUCCAGAGGCGCUGGGCCCAAGUUCACGAUGUGCGGUUCGUUGCAACUCACCAAUUGAACAAUGUGGUAGAGCGAUACAAGGAUAAGCUCAGUCAGAAGGCCAAACAAGAAGGUCAUUCGUCUAUAGCCUCUUUGAAAGAAGCUUACCAGGACAAAAUCCAAUCUGUCCGUGCUGCCGACGCUGUCGAAACACCCCAUCCCGAACCGCUCUCAACAUCUUCCCAAUCAAAUCCGGGGAACCCUCGGCCUGCAUCCUCCUCUUCUACGUCUCAGCCGGAAUCGCACCAUGCCAGUUCUCCCCCUAAAUCUUCUGCGCCAGGCAUAAAACCACUUUCAGCAUAUCUCGACAUCCCCAAGAUUCUCACCCUCCCGCAGAAGGAAAUUGAAACUCUCUGGCGUCUCAGGCACGCACCAAAUCCAAACUCAGUAUGCGCUACCAUCCCCCUCGAAACAUACAACCGGCUCGUUAGCACGGCGCGUCAGAAUCCCCAAUUCAUUUUACCUCUACCCCGGGAAAUCGAGACGCCCGCAAGCGACGGCGAACGCUCCGCGGACAACCCUCCCACUAAAUCUUCCAUAGCUGCAGAAAUACAUUUUCUUCAAUGGGGAUUCCAUCCACCCUCGUCGACUCCAACGAGCCCACCCACAUCUCCAGAUUUUAGAACACAAAAUACGCACACCUCGACCGUCAUCUUCACACAUCUAGGCGCCUACAAGCUCCACGGGGCUUACGCACAACCUCACACCAUAAUAACGCACCAUCUAGACUUGGCUGACGAAAAGGGACUGGUCCUCAUGAACGGUACCGUGGUGCCAGACAAGGGCGUGAGUCUCGACGAGGCGAAAUUGUUGAUUAUGUGGUUACAAAGGUUUUAUGAUUGGGGAGUGGAUGGGAGUGAAGGGGGUAAGAAGGGAGAAAUGUUGAGAAUGUUCAGCCGAGGAGAUGUAGCGGGAUUCAAAGUGGAGGAUUUGGUAGAAGAGGUGGAAAGAAUCUAG